ACUAACUAGAAAAAUAUAUUCGUCUUAAGUUAUUGCAUUUUACACUCAAUGCAUAAAAGAGACAGCCUGUAAAGUCAUUGUUUACGUAUGCUUAAGAUACUAUUAUCUAUUUUUCUGAAGUGGAAAGUUUAUUUUCUUUACAAUACACCUGCUAAACCUUAUGCUAGCAGACAGCGACGUGUCAUCGUUGUUUAGUCUCGAUGAUAAAUUACACCUUUGGCGAGUGUUUUUAAAAAUGGGUGGAUGCUCUGCUCCCAACUGCUCGAACUCUACAACUAUUGGAAAACAGCUCUUUCGCUUUCCGAAAGACCCCGUGCGCAUGAGAAAGUGGCUUGUAAACUGUCGGCGUGAUUUCGAACCAACCCCCUGCUCCAGACUGUGCCAGGACCAUUUUGAGGAGAGCCAGUUUGAGGAGAUUGCGAGAUCACCAGCAGGGGGAAGAAAACUCAAACCCAAUGCUAUACCCACACUUUUCAAUGUUCCUGACCCCCCCUCUCAUGUCACCCCACAAAUAGUAUUUCCCGUCAAAAAUGAGCCAGUGGAGAAGGACUUGAAUAUGGGGGACCAUGGUUAUGCUCGGCGACAGCCCCCUUUGGACUCAGAAGAGGAUGGAGUUCUGAGGGCAGAGGAGGAGCGACCCUGCUCUCUGUGCCAGCAUUACAAAACCAAGCUGGAACAGCAACAGCAGCACACAAUCAGACUACAAAGAGAGGCAGAGGAGAUGAAGAAACGUCUUUACAAACUGAGCAAAAUAGAAAAGGGUCUGCAGGUGUUCCUGUAUGAGGAUCAGAUACGUGCACUAACAUUAGCCAAGCGCUCUCGUAGAGCUGUGUGGUCCCAUGACACUUUACUGACAGCCCGAAAAAUCCGCUGCACAGUGGGAGUUAAAGGAUAUGAAUAUCUCAGGGAACUUGGCUACCCCUUGCCUUCUUACAGGACACUGUGCAAUCGCCUGGAGCCCAAAAUGAUGGUGACAACAAGCAUGCAGGAUGAACUAGCAGAGCUUGGCCUAGGCAUCAUAACUGCUUGCGACAGUCCAGAGGGCAAUGCAACGAACGAUGAAGGACUCAUUGGAGUUAUGACAUGAGUCCGUGUCAAUGUAAGACUGCACUAAUGCUUAAGUUAUCUCUUAAACAAGCCAAAGGACUCACUGAGGACAUCUUUGUUUACUGGGUUAUUUUGGGUUGUCGUUACAUUUUAAAACCGUUUGCAUUAAUACCACAACAGUCUGGAGUUGAUUCACUCUUUUCUGUGUUGUUGUUGUUUUCUUUUUCCAAGAAAAAAAUUAAUAUUUUGGCUUUGUAGUUUUUUUUCAAGUAUUUUUACUCCCUUGAUUCAAAUAUUGAGAAAAUGUAGAUAAAUUGUUUGUGGUUUCAUUGUAGCGGUUAGCAGUCGAAUAUGCCCUGUACACCAACAGUUAUCAUGCCAGUUUUUGGAUGACUGACUUAAAUGAAUAAGAGGAAUAGUUCACCCAAAAAUGAAAAUUCUGUCAUUUAGUCACCCUCAUGUUGCUCCAAACCCAUAUGACUUCCUGUCUUCCAUGGAACUCAAAAGGAGAUGUUAGGCAGAAUGUUAAAGACUGACAGCCUCAAGUCAACAUUCACUUUAACAUCUUGUUGUUUCCAUACAAUGAAAGUGCCCAUUAUCUCCAUUUGUGUUCCAUGGAAGAAAGUCAAACAGGUUUGAAACAACAUGAUGGUAAGUAAAUAUUGACAGAAUUUUCAUUUUUGAUUGAACUAUUCCUUUAAAAAAGCGCAGGCUUGUUUCUAUGAGGGAGUUCGCAACUGAAACGGGGUAACUGUUAGAAUUGGCACAACGAUCAUUGUGAAGUCACUAUUUUAAAGUGAUAUCUGAUUAUUUCCUUUCCCAUGUCACAUGUAGUAAAAGUGUUUAGCAGUCAAAUAGAUUAUAUCUCGUAUUAUAGACCCAACACAUAAAUGACGCAUACGGAUGCCACACCGAGGGCACUGUUCUGAACUUCUGUCAGGAAACCAGAAUUUCUGGUUACAUCUUUCCUUUGUAUUCAUGUAAAGAUUUUUCUUUCAUCAGGUGAUUAUUAUCAUCAAACGGCUCUUUGAUGUAGUCCUUGACAACAAUAGCCAUGUUGUUCUACCUUGUUGGUAGAACAACAAAGUUUUAAAAAAUGUAAUGUAGUGCUUCCUCUACAGACUAUUUUUAUCAUCACCUGGAAUGUUUAACUAAAAUGUUGUUCACAGAACACAUUAAAGGAAUAUUCCGGGUUCAAUACAAGUUAAGCUCAAUCGACAGCAUUUGUGGCAUAAUGUUGAUUAACACAAAAAUGUAUUUUGACUCGUCCCUUCUUUAAAAAAAGCAAAAAUCUGCAUUACAGACAGGCACUUACAAUGGAAGUGUAUGGAGAUCAAUCCGUAAACGUUAAAUUACUCACUAUUUCAAAAUUAUUGCUACAAGACAUAAACAAUAUGCGUGUUAACGUGAUUGUAGUGUGCUAAAAAACUGCUUACUAACCCUUUUCAGUGUAAAGCUAUAGCCAAUUUUACAACUUUGUUGCCAUGAUGAUGUAAUAUCAACAAACUAAAAUUAAUGUUUAAAAAACUUUACAGCUCAAAUAAUACAUGAGUUUUAACAGAGGAAUUAAUGUAAGUGCUUUUAUAAAAUUAUAAGCUUCACAUUUCUGCCGUUAAACCCUCCAAAUAUUGUCCCCAUUCAUGUCCAUUGUAAGUGCCUCACUGUAACCUUGAUUUUUGACUUUUGUUUUUUAAGAAAAGGAGGGAUGAGUUGAAAUUAUUUGUUGUGGUAAUCAACAUUAUGCCACAAAUGCUGUCGAUUGAGCUCAGCUUGUUUUUAACCGGGAAUAUUCUUUUUAAAGGUGAUAUUGGGGAAGCAAAUCAUGUUAAAAUGGUAGUUUCUAUUAAUUAAACGAUUAAUACAUUGGAUCAUUUGUACUACUUAACAUGUGUUUUGACCAAAAGUUCCUAUUUGGUUGGCUCUCUCAUGUCUGCUUCGAUAUUUUUACUUUAGUGAAGGUUGUUGCUACACAAUUUAAAGUCUGGCUUUGGCCCAAUCAUUUCAAGGGUGAAACACGCUGUUUGCAAAACUAAAAUCAAGUACUUUGUCCAUGUGAUUGGGUAAGGCAUUUCAGGAAUGUUUGUUCAGUGUAAAUCUGAGAUUAUAUUAACUUUUGUGGAUCCAGAGAAAUGCUCAAAGUCUGUUAUCUUAUUUAUGUUCUUUUAAGUGUGUGGUGUAUGUCUGAGACCCUAGGCUCUAUGAAUAUGGAUUUCUAUGUUAUCUAUUUUUUUAAAUUAUAUUUUCAUAGUUUUAAAGGGAUAAUUCACCCAAAAUAUGACAAUGUAAUAUGUAAAUAAUGUUAUACUGGUUAUUCCAAACCAGUAUGACUUUCACAGGAGGAGAUCUAAGGCAGAAUGUUAGUGUCAGUCACCAUUAACUUUAAUUGUAUGGAAAAAUGCACUAAAAGUGAAAGCUAACAUGUUGCCUAACAUCAUUGUUUGUGCUCCACGUCACACAGGUUUGGUAAAUGAUGACAGAAUUUUUAUUUUGGCUGAUCUAUGCCUUUAAAAAUAUCCAUGGUGAAUAAUUUUUCUACAACCUUUAUUGGAACUGUAAAUGGGCUGCAUUGAUAAAUGUAGGUGACUGAUUUUUCUAUUGCAUCGUUUGAACAGAUCAGUCUUUACAUUUCAAUCUAUCUUUAAAUAUUUCCCUAAAAAUGUCAACUAAAAAUAACCAGGAGGCCAAUAAAAAAUAAAUACUCCAUGUCUUUAAUGUUAAAAAAGGGCACUUUUGGGAAAGUUGGGUGUAGAUUCUAAAAGUCAGAACCACAAGAAUACUUGUUUAAUAAGCAUGCCUUUCACCAAUUUUAAAGUCAUUUUAAAGGGAUAGUUCACCCAAAAAUGAAAAUUCUUUCAUCAUUUACUCGCCCUCAUUCCAUUAAAGAUGUGUAUGACUUUCUUCUUUUGAACAUAAACAAAGAUUUUUAAAGGAAAUCUCAGCUCUGUAUGUCCUUACAAUGAAAGGGAAUGGUGACCAGACCUUUUGAAGCUCUAAAAACACAUAAAGGCUGCAUAAAUGUAAUCCAUACAACUCCAGUGGUUCAAUCCAUUUCUUCAGAAGCUAUAUUAUAAGUGUGGGUGAGAAACAGAUCAAUAUUUAAGUUCUUUUUUUUACCAAAAAAUCUCCACUUACACUUAAAAUGUGAAAGUGGAGAUUUAUAGCGAUGAUAGUCCAUCGAUUUUUUCUGUGCUAACGUCUGUGGACUUUUGAGUGGCUCUGCAGUUCCAAAUCUGGAUCGCCAGAGUUUUGCACAGGUUGGGCACCGGAAGACACUUUCUGCUACUGGAUUAGCAGCAGGUUUGUGGCGUAGGUUGUGGGAGGCCAGCUGUUGUGAGCGAUGCUGGUCCUCUAGCAUUUUUACAGCUGUGUGGGUAACUGCACAAUAUCUUGGUUGGUCGGUGGCCAGCACUGAUUGGGUGAUACCGCACCACUUGAUGUCUUUAUUCAAGUCGUCCUUGUAGCGUUUGCUGUGGCCCUUUUCUAGUCUUCCAUAGAACAGCUGCUUGGGGAUCUGAUUGUCUUUCAUUCAUAUGAUGUGGCCUGGCCAGCGUAGUUAAGACUUCAGCAGCAGGGCUUCAAUAAUGUUGGCUCAUUCAAGGACCUCAAGAUGCAAGACUUUGUUUUAUUGCUGAUUAUUUUUAUACUGCCUUUUCGCAGAUUUUUGGAGCUUCAAAUGCCUGGUCACCAUUCACUUUCAUUGUAAGGACCGGCAGAAGUGAGAUAUUUUCUAAAAAUCUUUGUUUGUGUUGUGCAGAAGAAAGAAAUUCAUACACAUCUGUAAUAGCAUGAGAGUGAGUAAAUGAUGUGAGAAUUUAAAUUUUGGGGUGAACUAUCCCUUUAAGUAAAAAAGGAUGUUGAAAAAGCUAAACUUCCCCACUAAAUAACACCACAUACAAAGAGUAGUGUGUGUUACACAGAACUGCCCAUUGCCAAAACUGUUGUUAACGUAAUUUAUUUGUAUUUUUAUUCGUUUUCGGCCAUGGCAACAUGUAAAAUGAAAAUUUGAUCUAUACUUUAAGAUGUAACUAAAAUCUUGUUUAUUAUCAAAGCUCAUUUGUUAUCAACAAAGUUUGUAUCUUGGAUUUCUCAUACAA